CAGCUGCAUCGUCCAGGUGAGAACAUCUGCAGCCUCUGGUCUGCUCUGAAGACUCAACAUGAACUUUAUUUCUGCUCUUCAGCUGCUCAUAGGUCUGAUGAACCUGCUGCUGCUCUCAGACUGUGAGAAGAUCAAGCUGGUGGGUCCGACCCGGUGCUCCGGCCGGGUAGAGGUCUUCCACAGGGACAGCUGGGGGACGGUGUGCGACGACCACUGGAGCAUCACCAACGCCGAGGUGGUCUGCAGGGAGAUGGACUGUGGGACGGUGAUCGAGGCCAAGAGAGGAGCGUUCUUCGGCGAAGGGAAAGAGCAGAUCUGGCUGGACGACGUUCAGUGCACCGGAUCAGAGUCCUCCAUCCUAAAGUGUCCUCACAGAGCCCUGGGAGUCAACAACUGUGGACACGGAGAGGACGCCGGCGUCGUCUGCUCAGACUUUGUGCGUCUCAUGAACGGCAGUAACCGCUGUAACGGCAGGGUGGAGGUCUACCAGGGAGGACACUGGAAGAAGGUCUGCAGCAGCGACUGGACCAAGGAGGAUGCCGACGUGGUCUGUAGAGAGAUCAGCUGUGGAAGUCCUCUGUCCCAGACCAUCCCAUCACACUUUGGAGAAGCUCACAACCUGAACGGAGUGAAAACCCAGUGUGUUGGAAACGAGAGUUCCAUCUCAGAGUGCUCCCACCAGGACACCUCAGAGAGCUGCACCGACGCUACCGUAGUCUGCACCAACAGUAAGCCGAUCCGUCUGGUGAACGGAACCAACCGAUGCUCGGGUCGGGUGGAGGUGUACCACCAGGGCCAGUGGGGGACGGUCUGUGACGACCGAUGGGGGAUGCAGGAAGCAGCCGUCACCUGCAGGGAGAUGAACUGUGGCAACGCUCUGAGCGUGAAGUAUAAGGCCUUCUUCGGCGGCGGUCGGGAUCAGGUGUGGCUGGACGACAUCGAGUGUACCGGUCACGAGAAGACCAUCGCCGACUGUCCACACCGAGGCUUUGGAGAACACGACUGUGAUCACAGCGAGGACGCCGGCGUGGUUUGCUCAGAGUCAGUCCGACUGAUGAAUGGUACCGACAGCUGCUCUGGCAGGGUGGAGGUUCUCCAUGACGACCACUGGGGCAGAAUCUGCAAUAAUAACUGGGGCAAUAGGGAGGCUGCCAUAGUGUGUAAAGAGCUCAACUGUGGAGCUCCAAAUAAGGUCCAGGAAAUGUUUGGCGACAGCACCCUGAGGGCCUUCAGCAGCAGAUGUUCUGGGAAUGUGAGCUCCAUCAGCCAGUGUGGACUUCAGGAACACAGUGGAAGCUGUCGAGGUGUUUCUGUUUCCUGUCGAGGGAGUCCGACUGUGAGGCUGGUUAAUGGAACCGACCGGUGUUCUGGUCGGGUGGAGGUUCUGCAUGAUGGUCAGUGGGGAACCGUGUGUGAUGAUGAGUGGGACAUCAAGGACGCUCAGGUGGUCUGCAGAGCCAUGGACUGUGGAACCGCUCAGACCGCCAAGUCCGGCGCCUUCUUCGGUGAAGGUCAGGGAGACAUCUGGCUGGACGAUGUCAACUGUUUCGGAAACGAGACAUCGCUGCAGCACUGCAAGAGGCCUUCGUUUGGAGAGAACAACUGUGGACACAGUGAGGAUGCUGGUGUGAUCUGUUCAGCCACCAUCAGACUGAUCAAUGGGACGGACGAGUGUUCUGGUCGGGUCGAGCUGCACCACGGAGGACACUGGGCGUCCGCCAGCAGCGUUAACUGGGGCAUGAAUGAAGCUACAGUGGUGUGCAGGGAGAUGAACUGUGGAGACCCGGUGAAGGUGUUGGGUUCCUACGGUGCAGGUGGAGAGCAGAGAGGCUACCAGGUGAGCUGCAGUGGCAGAGAGAUGUCGCUGACGCUCUGCAGCCUCCGAGAAUAUCCAUCCGGCAGCCGCAUCCAGGAGGCAGCAGUCCAGUGUUCAGGUAGCGUAAAGUUGGCCGACGGGCCGAACCGCUGCGUGGGCAGGGUGGAGUUCUACAACAACGGCCAGUGGGGGACGGUUUGUGGAGAAUCCUGGGACAUCAAUGAUGCCACGGUGGUCUGCAGACAGCUGGACUGUGGAAGAGCUCAUAAGAUCACCACCAUGUCGGAGUACGGCCAGGGAACCGGGACCACCUGGAUCGAUCAGAUCGAGUGUAGCGGUAUGGAGUCCAGCCUGCCUCAGUGUCCUCAGAGACCCUUCACCGACAAGACCUGCAACACCUCCUCAGUGGCUGGAGUCAUCUGCACAGGUAGCCUGGAGGUCCGGUUGGCCAACGGUAAGGACGAGUGUUCUGGUCGGGUGGAGGUCCGUCACGGAGACGUCUGGUCCACGGUGUGUGACGCUGGCUGGACGGUGGAUAAAGCCCAGGCGGUGUGUGAUCUCCUGGAGUGUGGACGGGCCAUGACCGUUCCUGGAGCCACUCAGUUCGGUCAGGGCAGCGGCUCGGUGGCGACGGCCGACGACUGUUUCAGCAACGCCACCAACCUGCAGCAGUGUUCAGCCAGAGGGUUCAGAACGGCAACGUGUGGACACCAACAGGAUGCUGGAGCCGUCUGUGCAGCUCAGGUCCGUCUGGCCGGCGGCGCCACCCAGUGUUCCGGUCGAGUGGAGGUGUUCUAUAAGGGCCAGUGGGGAACCGUCUGUGAUGAUGAGUGGGAGCUGAGUGGAGCUGACGUGGUCUGCAGACAGCUGGGAUGUGGUCAUGCCAUCUCCGCCCCCACCAGUGCCCACUUCGGCCAGGGUUCUGGUCCCAUCUGGCUGGACAACGUGGAGUGUUCCGGCCAGGAGUCGGCACUGUCGCACUGCACCCAUCUGGGCUUUGGAGAACACAACUGUGGACACGGAGAGGAUUCCAGCGCCAUCUGUCUGGGUGCUCUGGCCAAGCCUCAGAUCGCCUUAUAUCCAGCUCCGGAGGUCAACUGGGGCGAUAAGGUGGAGAUCACCUGCACCGUGGUCACCGAACAGCUGGGAGGAACCUUCGUCCUGAAGAAGCUCCAGGAUUCGUUCCAGAUGGAGAAGUUCUCCGACCACGACACGGCCACCUUCACCUUCCCUGCAGCGGACUUCAGUCAGAGAGGAUCGUACUUCUGUGAAUACCAGAAGAAGCUUCCCACUCAGGUCAUCUACUAUCCUCAAGGAAACACGGUGGACCUCUCCGUCACAGUGAAGCUGGAGAAGCCCACCAUCUCGCUGUCUUCUCCUCAUGCCAUGGUGGUCUACAGCCCAGACAAGGUGUCCGUCACUCAGGGCAGCUCCUUCUCCGUCACCUGUUCCACCCACUCCAGGUAUCCUGGAGGGUUCUUCUACUUGACCCGGUCCAACAAAACCACCAGGGAGUCCAAGCCGGCGUUCGGUCACUCCAUCUUCUACCUGGCCUACUUCGAGUUCCCGUCCUUAGAGCCGGAACAUCAGGGAGAAUAUACCUGCGUCUACGGCCUGAACAUCUCCUCGCUGUCCUUCUGCUCAGUUCCCUCCAAGUCUCUGCAAGUCACCGUGAUCUCUCCCUCGUCAUCCCCAGUGGUCGGAGGAAUUGUGGGUUUUCUGGUGGUUCUGGUUCUGCUGCUGGUCGUUGGUUUCCUGGUGUGGAGGAGGAGAUGCAGAGGUUCUGGAGUCAUGGUUCAGUUCAGGAGCAGGUUUGAAGAAGCAUUGAAACGAGACAUGGAGGACAGAAGCAACGGAGCUCUGGAUGGAAGAGAACGCAGUAACCAGCUGUAUGAACCUGGACCGAGUCGCAGCUCCGAGGAGAAAGCUGCUGAAGAGGACUCUGAGAAUGUAGUGGACAGAGUUCCUGAAGAUCUGGCUGGAAGAGUCUGCUACGAGCUGGAACCUCUGGUGGUCUCCUGAUCUGUUUAACAGUUUUAGAGAUCAAACCUUCAGUGAACAGCUGUGUUCUUCAGUGAUUCCAGUCAUGAAUAUUCUCUGAGCAGGAGGUUCUGGUAGAGUUCUGGAAGAAGCCUUUAAGGUUGAAGUUUCCUCCAGGAGACGUGAUUGAGUUUCCUGAGCUUAAAGAACAUCUAACACCAGGCUGGUAGAGUUUCACAAACAUCUGCAGCUGGAACAUCAGCUUUAUUGUUCUGCUGAUCGUUCCGCAACACUUUAACAGAAAUUAAAUCCUAAUCUUCCUCAUGUUCUGAGAUGCUGCUUCUCUGAUCAGAUUCUCUUCACUUUAUUUGUUUUUUGGGACCUAAAACUAAGUUCUGUCAGAUAUUUAGUCUGAAUUUGGAGAAAUUUAAAUGUUUUCUGAAACCGGUGAAGUUCAUCUCUGAACAGCUGAUGGAACCUGAAGAACACAAACUGGACAUGAAGACUUUUCUGGAGAUUCAGUAUUUUAAGAGAAAAGAUAAACUUUAUGAAACUUUAAGACUUUCUGGAGAGUAAAAACCCCAAAAACCAAUAAAUGAAGAGAAUCACAGGAAACGGAUUCAGUCUGAACCAUGAAAUGAUUUUUAUUCUUUUAUUGAUGAUUAUUGGAUGUUUGUGAUGCUGAUCAAUAAAUGUUUCUUAUGUUUUUGA